GGAUUAUAAUGACAGUGAUGGGUGCAGUGAUAAUGAGUAUCAGUGUGGGAAUGGAAUGUGCAUUGCCCAGGGCUUCGUCUGUGAUGGUGCUGACGACUGCCGUGACAGGAGUGACGAGAGGAACUGCACUCCAACUUCACACGACUUUGAGCACGUCUUUGGCUAUGAGGAUUAUAAUGAUUUGUUUGACUUCAUCAAUCAAAGCAGUGAUGGGUGCAGUGAUAAUGAGUAUCAGUGUGGGAAUGGAAUGUGCAUUCCCCAGGGCUUCGUCUGUGAUGGUGCUGACGACUGCCGUGACAGGAGUGACGAGAGGAACUGCACCUUCUCCAAUCCCCACCUCAGGGUGGCCAGAUGGAUGGACAGUGAUGAUAAUGUCAUGGUUGGAUGUGUCCAUGAGUGGCACCAAAGUGGCCAUUUUUUCUUGACCAUUACGGAAGGAACAAAUAUCACCACAUAUGACCCAGACAUGAUCACGGUCAAAGCAAGCUUCUUUAAUAUCAAUGUAACCCCACCUGCUUCCAUCACCUGUGCAUUCAACAUACUUGGACAAACUCUUACGAGUGAAGAGUACACACUUGGUGCACAUUACGGUUCAGAGCCACAAACACCACCAGUGCCUCUCUCCUACCAGAUGUUUGCAGGAUUCACUAGCCUUGUUCUCAUCACCAUGACCAUGGUGGUCAUUGUGUUCACCUUUAGAGGAAAACAGGGAGCAGGACCAGACAAGACCACAGAAUGCAACAUCUAUGAGGAAACCAUCACAGUGUAAUCUUUUAUGGCCAAUUCUGUGCAAAACUGUCACAUUCAUAACGUCAACACAAGUGGUAGUGUUAGUGGUACAAAGGCCUUCUGCAUACAUGCAACAGUAAAAGUGCAGAAGAUUGAGAUUUCUGAGUACUCUUGUGUAAAAUGUAAAGUAUUUUGAUUUAUGUACAAAAAUGUAAAAUAAUGAUCUCAGGCAGAUACUGUAUACUGUGGUGUCCUGUUGAGUCAUAAGGGGAACCCUUUUGAUCAUUAGUGUGUGUAUAGUGUGAAGGGUGAUAAGCUUAGCAAUUUACAGGAACAGAUACUGCUAUUGUCUGGUCCUGCUAUAAUGAUCUCAGGCAGAUACUGUACAUAUAUUGUGGUGUCCUGUUGAGUCAUAAAAGGAACCCUUUUAGUGGGAUCAUUAGUGUGUGUAUAGUGUGAAGAGUGAUAAAAGCUUAGCAAUUUACAUUGCUGUGAUAUCUGUAACUAAAGUUUAAUAGAAUGCUUGUUCCACGAAAUCACGAAAAGGAAAGAAAAUAAA